AUGGCCUCUGCUUGCUUCCUAGCGCUGCAGCAGCAGCAGCUUGUGGAGAGCGAUUCAGACGAGCUGCUGUCCACUUCGGCGGAGCUCAACGAGGACAUCGACAGCGCUUCACGGCCUGAUUCCCCAAGCUCCCGGACACACCGAGGAAACAAUGGGAACCGGAACCGUCUUCGCACGAGAAGCGACGUGCAGGAGGUGAUCCGGUUCAUGGAGGGGGAGGAGGAGGACAUGGGCUCCCCGUCCGCCAAGACGGAGACCGAGGCCCCAGCAGCAAAUACGACUUGCUGGGACAGCAUCGACCCUCGAUUGCUCCCGGUCAUCCUCACCGUGUCCCUGCUGUCCAGCGCCACGUGCUGGUUCUUCCUCCAAUGCCCAUUGUUGAGCGAGAAUGGCAUGGGCCCUCUCAACGCUCUGCGUGUUGGAGUGGCCCUGCCUUUUGUGCUGGCGUUCGGUCUCAUGGCCUUCGCCAGCCAAGUGGACCCAGGCAUGGUUCCGGAAGGGUAUCCGGACCUAGCCAUCGAGCGGUCGUACCUUUCUUCACAGUUCCCGCGCCGCAUACGCAGAUACGACCAUUUCUGCAGAUGGCUACUGAACGGCAUCGGUUUAUACAACCACCGCGAGUUUUUCAUGCUGCUGAUGGUCUUCACUGUGAUGGUGACGGGAAGCUUGAUCGUGGACGUCUACCUCCUCGCCGCUUUCUUUCGCCCCGAACACUGGGUCGUGGAGUGCUUGCUGGCUGCCCAUUUGACCUACGUUGUGGUAUUUGCGUAUGGUCUACUCCCGAUUGUGCGCCUGCACGUGGCCUUCGUUUCGAGGAAUGAGCUGGCGAACGAGUGGAAAGACGACCUAAACUACGUCGUGGACGAUUUGGAGGCGGGCACCUCGAAGUGGGUGGGAGAGCUGGACAUCGAAGAAUUCAACGACAAGUUCGACACAUUCCGCUAUGAACCCACGCGAAAUCGCUGGGACAAGGGCUGGCCCAUGAACUGCUACUUGUUCUGGUGUGUCCCAAGAUGGGACAAGCAUCAGAUGGGAGAGUUUUAA